ACCCUGCGUUCACUAUAUCUGGUCUCUCCGGACCCUGCGUUCACUAUAUCUGGUCUCCCCGGACCCUGCGUUCACUAUAUCUGGUCUCCCCGGACCCUGCGUUCACUAUAUCUGGUCUCCCCGGACCCUGCGUUCACUAUAUCUGGUCUCCCCGGACCCUGCGUUCACUAUAUCUGGUCUCCCCGGACCCUGCGUUCACUAUAUCUGGUCUCCCCGGACCCUGCGUUCACUAUAUCUGGUCUCCCCGGACCCUGCGUUCACUAUAUCUGGUCUCCCCGGACCCUGCGUUCACUAUAUCUGGUCUCCCCGGACCCUGCGUUCACUAUAUCUGGUCUCCCCGGACCCUGCAUUCACUAUAUCUGGUCUCCCCGGACCCUGCAUUCACUAUAUCUGGUCUCCCCGGACCCUGCAUUCACUAUAUCCGGUCUCCCUGGACCCUGCAUUCACUGUAUCUGGUAUCCCACAGACCCUGCAUUCACUAUAUCUGGUCUC